UCCCCCGACUUUUUCCUGCAUCUUCGCUAUCUGCUCGUUGUACCCUACACCAACUGCAUCAAGCAUUUCGUUUUGUGCUUCCUCUUCACGGACCAUGGCCUGCGACUCUACAUGUUGCGCGCCGCCCAAAGCCCUUCCUGCCGUCGUGCGCACACCAAACCCGGCUCUACCCAACAUCGAUAUAGGCGACUCUGCUGUUCCUUGUGGCCAAGACACAUCCUCCCAGUCCCAGCCGAAUGACAUGGCGAACGACUGCCAUGAUAGCUCAGCCAAGUGCACCCCAAAAAAGAACGGCUGUUACUCUUCCAAGUCUGUCGACGUCGAAGCCUACGACCUGAAGCGCCCCAGCUGCUGCGAAGGGAAACUGUCCCCAUGCUGUGACUCCUCCUGCAUCGACCGACUUGCUCUCCGCGAGUGUGCUACUGAGAGUGAGUCUCCAUCGCCUCGUCCUCCGCAAUCCGCCACUAACCCCUGCAUACUGUAGAUGACAAGAUAGGCGAUGCACCCUCAGAUUGCACCCGUGGAAAUAGCAGAACGCCGUGUGGACAACAUGUCCGUAGUGCCUGGGAUAAAUAUCAGUUCACACUGGAAGCGAUAG